UUUUCGUUAUGAACGACCCAAAGAAGCGAGUUCUUAAGGUCUGCGGAAGUAUACACGCGAAACCGUCGUGGUGGAAUCGUGAGAAGCAUUUGCUUUCUAAAAAAGCAAUAACGCUAGAAGGAGAACAUAAAGUCACAGUUUCGACCUCAUGCUCAAACGAUGGAAGUGCGACAGCAAUAUCAGCUCGCCCAACGCCUUCGAUUACGCGGGCUUCCGUAUUAGGGCCGCGUAACACAAACCGCCGUGAAAUCGCUUGCAAGAAAAGCCCGCCUUGCACUGAUAUACCAAGAUCGGCUCAUCCAACACCUUCGAUUGUUCACUGGCCUUUGGGGUCGAUCAGCUGUAUCUUGCGUCGACACCAACAACGAAGGCUGGUGAGUGUUUGUGCAUAAUGUUAUUGCAUUAAAAAAAAAUUAAGGGUGUACGCGGCUUCGGAGUGUAUUUCUUUUGUCGAAAAAAAGAAGCAUACUGCACAGGGUUAUAUGCCUGCUUACUCGCUGACAGCCACAGAUUGAAGUUUCUUCGACAUAACAACGCAGCUCCGUCGGCAUCAGCGACAUGAAAUGUACGAAAUGGCUGCCUCCUAAAAAAAUAAGAAAGAAAGAAAAAAAAGGAAACCACAUAUCGAUGAGUUAAGGUGCUUUCCCUCUAGUAUUUCUUUAUUAUCUGUUGCGGAAGUGUUUAUGCAUAAAAAGAACAGAAAGAAAAAAAACAUUGCGAUUGCGCGGCCAGGAAUUUUUAGUGCCCACAAAGAUAGAACGACACGACAGAAAGAAUACAAGGUCCCCCCUUUCGAAACUACUUCAUCGAAGGACAACCGCCUAAGUAACUGCGUGUUUACCCGUUGCGGAGACCACCAUUCGCGAGUCUCUUCAAAAGUGGUAACGCGGCGUAAGCCCACACGGUACUCUGUAUACGGUCCUUCGUGUGAGGAGCGGCUACGCAUUCUCUCGCAUCUUUUGCCAAGCGAGGGAUGCCCGAAGAACGCAAUUUUCUCGUCAAGACGCAACAGUCUGUAGUAAAUACGCGAGAAGAAAGAAAGAAAGAAAGAAAGAAAGGAAGAAAGAAAGAAAGGAAAAAAGAAAGAAAGAAAGAAAGACGUUGAAGUUAAGAAAUAAAGGACAGUGCAGCGUCCAUCCGCUCUCUCACGUCACGCCACAGAAAGACGGCGAGGCACGGAUUCGCCGUCUUCAUCAUCACCCUCACACCUUUUUGGCAGGCUCCAGGCCGGCGGGGUGUUUCUCCAGGGGCGUCCAGCUAGCUUUAUUUUUGCUGUGCUCGGGUUUUUGUCGCAACUCGCGCGUUUGCGUCUGUGCGAGUGCUGCAUCGAACGUGAGGACGCCGUUCCAGCGACAACGUGAGGAAGGAGAGAGAGAGAGAGAGACGUAAAAGAGAGAGGGAGCAGCUGCACAAGUCAAGAGUGCGACGCCGUCGCCGUCAACCCAGGGGAAGGCCCGACCCUCGGCGUUUCGAAGGGGAAAAGGAAGCCACAGCCGGGGCGACGACGUGCCCCUCUCCCCGGACCGCUCCCCCCACCGCCAACUACCCAUGGGCGAGGCAAGCGCCUGCGGCCACAAAGCAGGCGGCGAGGCAGCGGACGACAAAGAAGAAAGGGUCGCCGCAGACCUUGUGGGGGCGACCGGUGCGGACGGUCGAGAUCCAAACGUGCCUCAAGCGUGUGAUGCGAGGUGACAGCUUGCCCAGAACCCGCUAACAGUUCGCCUUCCCGCUCGAAACAGACGUGCAACAUUGAGGGCGCGCUGUCUCGAAACUUCUUCCUGGACUUCACUACCCCCGCGCAUCUGGACGCUUCGAAGGACUUUGUGCGUUCUUAUUGGCGAGCGUGACUUUUUCGAGCACUACUACAAGAUAGACGACCGUGACGACUCUCUGGGAGUUUCCCGGCUGACUACGCACCGAAUGACCGAAAGAAACAAGACUGUCUCUUUGGAACCGACUGCUUAUGCACUUCAUAAACGGCUGACGCGUCAUAACCAGCGGUGAAAGUUAGUCUUUACUAACCAGGCGACAGAGCCUCGUGACGUUGGAAAAGCCCUACUUCCUCAAGGCCGCCUGAAGAUACGUCAGGGCUGAGGCAGACGAAAGAGUCUUGCAACCUCUGCAAGCCUCUCGGCCUCCUCAAGACUGCCUCAAGCUUCUUCACGAUUCAAGACUGGUGCGGACGACAGGGACUUGAAAUCUUGGCAAAGUUCAGAGAUUCCUUCAUCGUCUACACAGCGUCCUCAAGUGUUCUCACAACUUAAGCUUUCUCAAGGCUGAACCCGAUGACAGAGUGCUGAAGCAUUGGCGAAAUAUUUUUGGUACAUCAAGCUUGCCUCAAGAUUUCCCAAGGUUCAAGCUUACUCAAGACUAAAGACGAGGUGCCUUGCAGCCUUGGCAAAGACCUUAGCUUCCUAAGCUUACUACAAAAGAAAAGGCUCAGCGGCGACGUCUGGAGCGUGGAACUUCGUUCUUCUGGACGAAGAUCCGAGGCAAACGCUCGACUCCUGACCACUCUGCGACGGAAGUUUGCGUUCGGGUAGCUUACCUAGCGCUGCGUUUACGGAUGAAGAGCUUGUAGUAUGGGACCGGAAUUCCGACUGAGAUAACCGAGCGGGUCUCUUGAUCUAAUCAUCGACGCCAAUGCAACUACAUAGUGCUGCUCGUCGCAUGUUCCAGAGAGUUUUGUAGCGAUCGAGUGCGAAGUUGCCGCUCCGAAAGCAGAAAGGCCGUUUCGCUUCCCGUCGUCCAGUUGGCCACUUCGUCAAGACCACUGCGCGCACUUCCCUUGUUGUCGGUGUCACCGGCACGUCACAGAUACAAGGCGGGGUGCAUACAAACGCGGAACUUUUCGGGCAUUGAGUGCACCAUAUGAGCAGACGACGCGAACUUCCGUCACUGACUUUGUGAGGCCUCUGUCUUUCCCCCUUCGCUUCGACAGGCUGAUGGAGUGACCAGUUUCUCAACUGUCUACCACUUGAACCGAACUUUCCAACUCCGCCGCUGCCAUGGUCGCAGAAGAGAACGGCAAGCCUUCACCCGGCAAGAACGGCUCCACGAAGAAAAGCAACAAAGCACAGACCAAAGAUGGGGCCAAGAAAGCCGUCUUCAUUACGGGUUGCGACACGGGUUUCGGCCACGAGCUGGCCAAGCGGCUGGAUGCCGCGGGGUUCCAGGUGCUCGCUGGCUGCCUCAACCCGUCCUCAGAGGGCGCCACCAUGCUCAGAGACUUCUGCUCGGCCUCACUGCGCGUCCUACACCUGGAUGUGACGCGCGAGGAGCACUUCCGGCGCGCCUCCAAGACCCUGACCGCCGAGCUCGGACCCAGGGGGCUGUGGGCGGUGGUGGCCAACGCGGGGAUGAUGAGCGCCGGCGAACUGGAGUGGGGCAGCUCGGACGCGGCCCGCUACCUGUUCGAGGUGAACGUGUUCGGCGUCGUGAACACGGUGCGAACCGCGCUGCCAUUCCUGCGCCGACAGCCCGGAUCCAGGGCCGUCAUCGUGGCCAGCGUAGCCGGGCGCGUGACGUACCCGGGCCUGGCCUUCUACUGCAUGUCCAAGCACGCCGUGGUCUCCUUCGCCGACGGCCUGCGACGCGAAAUGCGCAAGUGGGACAUCCUCGUCUCCACCAUCGAGCCCGUACUCUACAGGACCAAGAUGGCGAUGCCCGAGCACAUCCAGUGCACGGUCGACCAGUCGUGGCAGGACACCCCGGCGGCCGUGCGCGAGGUGUACGGAAAGACGUACUUCGAGCACUUCCGCUCGCGCUGCCUCGACUUCCUGUCGCGGCGCUGCCGGGAGGACCUCUACGAGGUCGUCGACAACAUGGUACACGCCGUGAGCUCCCGCCGGCCGCGCCGGUCCUACUUCUGCGGCGGCCCCAGCGACAAGUUCCGGGUGGCCCUGCUUCGCGUCCUCUCCGCGAACACGGUGGACCGCCUGCUGUGCACCAUCAACCAGAGUCACGUGGGCCGCUCGAUCUCCGACGGAUAAAAACCGCCCGUCCACCGCCCGACCACCGCAUAAGUCCUAUACCGAUUGAGUUCGUUUCCGCGAGGGCAGGUUUGAGUGCAUCUCUCAACCGCAGUCGCCUUUGGUAUGCGCCUUAAGUGCACACAAAGGUGUGUAGUUAAACUCUCGUGGUGAAGUUUGUCCAGCGCUGCUGUUUGCUAGCGGUACUGUUCCAGCUGCUUGGUUCAAAGACAAAAAGAGAGAAGACAUACUGAAGCGAACGUCUUGUGCAAGAAAGGUUAAAGUUCCUCAUAGAUAUAUAUCUACGGGUUGUAUUCCCUUGUGUCGGGUUCGUAACGGUCUUCAGCCGUCUCUUAAGCGUAAACUACGGCGUUGAUCUUUUGAAGAUUGUUAACUUUUUCUUCGUGAAUAAUCUUGUCCAUCGUCAUCUUCCAGAAAUUAAUCAGUUCCCUUUAAUUGUCCCUUGUUACUGAAGGAGAAAAAUGGUAAACGUUGAUUCAUCCUUAGCGAACUGGACAGCAGUUGUGCAGUUAGCGUACUAGGCAACCACAGUCGCCGAGCUGGACACCUCGCAAGGUCCACCGCAAUGUGCGAAAUGUCUUUGAAAUUAUGGAGCGGUCAAACGUGUUGUUUAAACGGGCGAAACGCUUAUACCUGCUUUCAUCUGAAAUGACACACUGGGUAUAUAUUUACCAAAACCCAGGCAACAGUUCAUUCAGAAUGAAAGUGUUGCUCAUGCAUCAGGAGUUUUAAAGCGUGCACUAAACAUAUAUAGUGUCUUCUCCAUGAAUUCCUAAGGAUAUGUUAUGCUACUGCGACGAACGGCGUGGAAGCGAUACAACCGUUCGUACGAAACUGCAAAGUCGAGACCCAUCACUAUUCAUUUGCCAUGACGGUCCGGAAAACUGAGAGCACGUUACUGACGACAUCGCGGACUUUGUCGACAGUGCCGAGAUCGAAGUGAAAGCGGAACACUGCGUCGUCUUUCAACGUCGUGGACCACGGUUUCCAUACAUUUCAUGAUCAAGUGAAUACCUACUUAAGCACUUCACGCGGCGAGUGUCAUAGUUUUAGUCUCGUCGAAAACAAUCCUCAAAACAGGAGUACCAAUGGGCAUAACUUAUAAUGACAACAAAACGACUCGGGUGGAGGGGGGGGGGGGGGACAAGUGCAUCCACGGCUGAAACUACGUGGUGUGUAGUAUACAAAGGAUGGGAGGGCAGUGAAAGGGUGAGGGGUGACAAAGAAACGUGGGCAACACGUGAGGCACGAUGGGUCGUCGAAGUUGGCCUCUGGUGCCAGAAGACAUAUAUGUCCUCGCAAAUUUAUUGUGUAAGUUGUCUUUGUGAAUAAACAUGUAAUCGAAACGCCGUUUCUCGUAGCAAGUCACUCGGGGAAUUAUAGCUGCCGUAAACGUACUGCUGUUUACGGAUACCGGCACACUGGAGUCACGCAUAUGCUCAGCAAGCACUGGUGGCGCCAUCCUGAGUCAGUCACGUCAACUGGAGCACAGAGACCUAUAAUUGCAACGACCAUGUCUACCCCAACUGUUGGUUGAAAGGCGUCGGCAGCAACUAUCACUACUGGGAUGCGGGUUUCUUUUUUUUUCUUUUCGUCCCCUGCCACAACAAUCACGCAACACAGCAAUGCUUGCAGUUCGCCGUGGUUGAAGAAAUAUACUUUAGUAGAACGUUUUUGAGAGCUAGUUAGUCCAUACUUGCAGGUAGGUUAAAACUGCACGAAAAACGAGGACAGCGAAAGAAACACGCAACGC